CAAAAGUGUUCGGAAAUAUAUCGUGUUCCGGAUUUUCUCUGUAAAUUGCUCAAUUUAAGUGGAAUUUUACGGGUUUUGCAGAGAAAUUGAUUAAUAGAAACGUUUUAGAGUGUUAAAUAAAGUUGUUUCACCGGUGGCAGAUGAAUCGGAAGAGUACGAACGCUUUAAAGGACGACUUCUGAGAAGCACGUGGUAGCUUACACCACUUGGCUCAACAACAACAACAAUCCAAAUUGGAAGCGUGAGCCACAGAUUCCUAUUUUUCCCUAGAGACUCCGCAAAUCACGUAAAAUGGGAAAAAAGAAGGCUAAUCAGUUAGGGCGAAGCCUCAUAAAGGAUCGUUUCGGCCAAGGAAAUCGAAAAACGGUCGAUAAUAAUACCCUGCUACACACAACCGAAAUACAGGACGGAUACGAUUGGGGUCGAUUGAACCUACAAUCCGUAACGGAAGAGUCUUCGUUCCAGGAGUUCCUCAGAACGGCAGAAUUAGCUGGAACGGAAUUCCAGGCGGAAAAGCUUAACAUCACCUACGUAAAUCCGAAGGCAAAGGUGGGGUUGCUGACCAGUAAUGAACGGGUGGCCAUUGAACGGAAACAGGUGGAUAAGAAAAACCUCCUUAAAAUCCCUAGAAGGCCCAAGUGGACCAAGGAAACGACACCGGAGGAAUUGAAUUUGGCUGAAAAUAAUAAUUUUCUGGAGUGGAGACGUGGAUUGGCUGCUUUGCAGGAAGAUGAAGGAAUGUUGAUGACUCCCUAUGAGAAGAAUUUGGAUUUCUGGAGGCAGUUGUGGAGAGUUGUCGAACGAUCGGAUAUCAUUGUUCAAAUUGUGGAUGGUAGGAAUCCGCUGCUGUUUAGGAGCGAAGAUUUGGAACAGUAUGUUAAAGAAGUCGAUCCCAAUAAGAUGAACAUGAUAUUGAUUAACAAAUCUGAUUUCUUGAGUGAAGAUCAGAGAAAGACUUGGGCAAAGUAUUUCGAUGAACUGAAUGUGAGGGUGGCAUUUUUUUCUGCGGCACAAUCCGUUGAAGAGGCCAAACGGGAGCAAGAGCUGGCUGAGGCAGGAGAAUCGGUGGAAGGGGAAGCUGGACCGGUGUUGGAUAAACUUAAACAGCUUGAUUUGAAUAUUGAUAAAUUGGAGGAAUCAUUGGAAAAGAUAGAAGAGAAAAUUGAACAGAUUCCUGAGGUGGCUGGUAAAAUUCACAACAACCACAAAAUUUUGACGAACACAGAACUAAUCGCGUUAUUCAAAAGUUUGCAUAAAGAGGAACGAGUUACGCAAGGAUUAGUAACCGUCGGAUUGGUUGGAUAUCCAAAUGUUGGAAAAAGUAGUACCAUCAAUGCUGUGUUUCUGGAGAAAAAAGUUUCCGUUUCGGCUACCCCUGGAAAAACGAAACAUUUCCAAACGCUCUACGUUGAUACGGAACUGCUGUUCUGCGAUUGCCCCGGUUUGGUCAUGCCCAGUUUUUGUACCACGAAGGCCGAUAUGAUACUCAACGGGAUACUUCCGAUCGAUCAGAUGAGAGAUCACGUCCCGCCAGUAAAUCUGCUAUGCACCCUCAUUCCUCGACACGUUCUGGAAGAUGUCUAUGGCAUAAUGAUUGCUAAACCUUUGGAAGGUGAAGACCCCACUCGAUCGCCCUUCUCCGAGGAACUUUUGCUAGCAUUUUCCUAUCAACGCGGUUAUAUGACAGCAAACGGACAACCCGAUCAAUCUCGAGGAGCCCGAUACGUACUAAAGGAUUUCGUAAAUGGCAAAUUACUCUACUGCCACGCUCCACCAAAUGUGGAACAGAACUCUUUUCACCGUUUCCCGGAGCGAACUAAGCAAGAGGUGGACGUUAAACUUCUCCCCCCUAGACAACAACGAGCUAUGAAGAUGGGAACCACCACUAGCAACGAUAUCGAUUCACAAUUCUUCAAGGAACGAGCCUUCACCGGGUUCGUAAAGGGACGGAACGAUUUCCCGAACGUGCGACCACUGCCGGGAUCGGCAGAUCAAUCCGGAUCGGAUCCGGCAGCACCGGGUACCGGUGUCAUCAUAGCAGGCAAACCAUGGAAGCACCAAAAGCGAGAGAAGCGCGAAAAGUUGCGCCGAAAGUAUGCCCAUCUGGAUCAGCACUAAGUUUUCUCGGGAGGCGGUUGUUGUUCUUUAAAAAAUUUAUACAAUGUCCAGCUACAUAACAUUCUGUGUACAACUGAUUUGUAACUUUAUUGUUGUAGAAAUGAAUUACACCUUCUGAUUAUAUUUUUCUUUUAAAUAUAUUUGCUUCAUAUAGUUUUUACAAUUAUCAAAAUCACCAGUGAAGGUUUUUGUGUUUUUUACCACCUUAUUGUGACGCUUUGAGAAACGAAAUCCCUUUGCUGUGAUUUUA